CAGAAGCAGAAGCACAAGCAGAAGCAGAAGCACAAGCAGAAGCAGAAGCAGAGUCAAGACAAGACCCCAGUCCAGAGUGAACAGCAGUUCGAUAGGAGAGUUGCGAGGAAGCCAAGUUGCGAUUAAAUCGAAGCGGAAAAGCCACGAAAAUUGAAUGCCCACUGGAUAGCUGCGAAUUGCGAGCUCCACACUCCAAGUGCUAAAUGCUAAAUGCCAGCGCCCGAACCUGCGGCAAUCAAUCAAUUAGGCCCAAGGGGGUGGUGCGCCCAGCAGCAACAAUACGGCCGGAGAGAGCAGCCGGAAAGCAAUCGACAGCAGCGGCAGUGCGAGAAAGAGCGAGAGCGCUGGCAGUGACAGCAGCUAAAAAUCAAUAUCCGUCUAAAGUUUAUUUCGGUUUCGGUGCGGACGACUCGGAAACCUCAAGUUUCCCCGAUCGAAGUUCCCCCAGAAACGAAUAGGCCAACAUCCUACGUAGCUUAACUCGAUACAAACCCCAAAUCCAAGCUUAUUGUCAAUCGCGUCCGCUUAGUGCUACAAGUGUAACAUUUAAACGUUUUUUGCGAGUGUAAUCGUGUGUCCAUUUUAUGCUUAACUUGAACAUAGAGUUAGAGAAGUAGCCACAGCUAAGAACAACUUGCUCCAUCCACGCCACGUGUGCUUUGAUAACGUUAAAACGGCUCCGGUCCAAGUAAUAGUGACAAACAACCAGUGCAAUCAGCCAAGUCAGUCCAAGCCCAACCAGAGAGAUCCGACGAUUGACGAAAGGGUCGACCAGCAAACGCGGAGAAAGUAAAAUAGAGAAAGCAAAACCCAAUGAGAAUCGAGAGUAAAACUAAAGAACACUUGAGAACAAAACAAAAAUCGAAUUUUCAUAUUUGAAUCGCAAAACCAAAAUUAUCGAUAAACAACCAAUUAAAGAAAAACCAAAGAGACAAAAAGUAUAAGUAAAACAAAUUGCUACCAAUAAACGCUAGUCCAAAUCUUCACUACAAAUAUAUAUAUAUGUAUACUAUAUAUAUUUAAUUAAUAAUACUUCAAGAAGAACACGCCAAUUGCCGCAAAACUUACUCCAAGCCGAAAAACCAAAACCAACAAUUUCCAUUAAGCAAACGCAAAAUACCAAACACAGCUUCGAAGUGUGCACAACAAAACCAAAAAAGUUUAAAACAAAAAUCAAAGAGAGACAACCAAAAACCAAUAUUAUUAAGUAAAAACGAAAGACAAUUAACCAAAGUCGAGGUAAAGAAAAAGAGCUACCAAAGAAAACUGCGCCAAAGUCACGGACAGCAAACAAAAAGUACAACAAACAAACAAGACCUGCAAAAGAUACAAGUAACACCAACAACAACAACAGCAACAGAAGCGGCUCAGCACUUGUGAAGUGAAGCGUCACCACUGGCCACGCCCACUCCCCGCGGCCCAGCCGACCGCCCCCCGCUUUCGCAAUCUCCCAGAUUGGCAGCGCAUCGUUUCCAAGAAAUCUUGCGUGUGCCGAGAAAAGUUGCAAAAUUCAAACUCUAGAAAUCAGUGUCGGUGAAAGAGACUCCCCUGCCGAGAGUAGCCCCUCUUUUUUUUCGAGUGUAUACGAAUCAGUUUCCUUUUUUUUCCUGUGCAAACCGAACGAAAGGCGACAGCAGCGGCAGCCACUGUGAUGGGAGAUCAGCCAAAGGCAACGACUACCGCAACCGGAGAAGCCGAGGGCGACGCCGUGAUGGCCGCCAACCGCCAGGAGUCGCUGCCCAACGGAGCAGCAGCGGCUGGAGAGGGAGUUGGAGUUGGAGUGGGAGUGGGAGCAGCAGCUGGGGCAGGAGAUGGAGCAGGUGCAGGAGCAGGAGCAGGAGCAGGGGACGGUGGUCCAGCACCACCGCCGCUGAUGACGGAUCCAGAGGACCACUCCGUUGGCCAGGGCAUCGUGGGUCCGCCUAGCCCGCUCACCGGCUGCUACCUGCUCAUCGUCCUGGGCGAGCCGCACUCCGAGGAGCACAAGGACAACAUCUUGCAGCAUCUGCUCAAGGGUUUCCUCUCCUGGGACGUUUCCGAUUGUCACGUCGACUUGGAAGAGGAGCUCAAUACAAUUACACAGCAUGCGCCCGAGGGCGAGGAGGCUCGUCACGGCGAACGACUCAUCCAGUAUGCCAGCGAGAAUCUGGUGACGGAGGUGCUCAUCCACCCGCAGUACAACACGCUGAUCCAGUGCAUGCGAAACCUGCUCAGCAGCUUUACCCGCCACCGGCACAUCAUCCACGCCGGCUACACCUUCAGCGGAAAUGGUUCCUGGAUACUGCAGGACGGAACCUUCUCUGUGGCGGACUUCUCGGAGGCCUUCCAGGAGCACGACGUACAAAGGGUGAUCCGGGCGUAUGCGGACACCAUCACCAUGAACAUUCACUGCGCGGACGCGGGUCUGUGGCACACCCUGCCCGAGAAGUCCUUUGCGCGCCAGUGCCGGAUCCGGAUCAAUCCCGUGGACGUCCUAGACACGAGCAGCGAGUGUAUCAACGGAUUUAUAGAUUACCUGGCGCCUAUGGUGAUGCCGACUUCGCUGAGGGAGCUGCUCGAGACCUCUGACGUGGUAGGAAAUAUCCGCUUCACCCAUCCCACGCUAUACGUCUUCCCCGGCGGCCAGGGUGAUGCUGCCCUCUUCGGGAUCAACGGCUUCAACAUGCUUGUUGAUGGCGGCUUCAACCGGAAGGCGUGCUUCUGGGACUUUGCCCGGCACCUGGACCGACUGGACGCGGUGCUGAUGACGCGCCUGAACAACAGCAACGUCCAGGGAUUGGGGGCGGUGGUUUCGCGCAAGCGGGACUCCCACGUCUACCCCCAGAUCGGGCACUUCUUCGGAAACGUACCUGACCGCAAGGGCCUGCUCAGCCCCGACGGCGACAAGGAUCGCGACCCACUCUUAAUCGAUCUCUUCGAGCGCGGGCACGGCAUCGUCAGCGACCUCAAGGCACUGGAUCUCAAGCCACAGGGCUGCUACCGCAACCAGGAGCCGGUCAACCUCUACCACAAGGUGGGCCACGGAACUCUGGACAUGUAUGUGAUAAGUCCAGCGCGAGACUCCAAGGAAGUAAAGGAGUUCCUCCAGAAGUGGCACGCCGGCGACCAGCGGCUCUUUGCUGCCCGGGAGUCGCGCGACUUUAACUUCCCGCUGCAGAACCUGGUCUCCAUAUGCGCCCUUCUCGUUUGGCAGCCGGCCAAUCCGGACGACACUAUCACCCGCAUACUCUUCCCGGGCAGCACUCCCGACUUCAAGAUCCAGGAGGGGCUCGAGAAGCUAAAGCACCUGGAGUUCAUGAAGCACUCGACCUGUACAGCCAAAUCGAUUGCCCCAGCCAUCCAGACUGUGGCCGGAACGCGCAAGAGCCUGAAGUCGGCCAUCGAGGCCACUCCGGCUCCACCCAGCGCCACCUACAAGUCCAGCAAGUUCGGUCCCGUGGCCAGUGCUGCCAUAGCAGUCCAGCAUCCGCACCCUCAGCAGCAGGACAACAAGGCAAAGGAAGCGGCGGCUGCGUCGGCAGCUGCGUCUGCCGCAUCUAUUGCCCGCACCAAGGCGGAUUCCAUAGACACGGAUGCAGAGCCGGAACAGGAGGCAGAACCCGAGCCCGCUGACACUGGGGAUGAGGCAGCUCCCGCCGAGCAGGAGGCCGAGGCGGAGACGGAACCCGAUCAUGAACAGGAAACCGAGCCAGUCGAGCAGGACAACAAAGAUGCGGGCGAGGAGAAGAAGGUGGAGGUGCUAAUCAUGAAGCCUCAGCAGGCGGCAGCACCUGCAGCAACCAUCACCUCCGGUAAAGAUGGAGUAGAUGCAGCUCCCACCGAUGCUACGCCCACCGGCAAACCAGGCAAGGCGUCUGGCAAGGGCAAGGCGGAAAAGCCGCGGGCAGAGGUUAAGCCCGUGGUUCGGUCCCGCAUCGACACCAAGCCGCCCAAGUCCAUGGACCGCAAGCUGGCCAAGCGGGAUGAGAAGAAGAGCUCACCCACAGCCACGCCCGCUGCCCGUGCUGCACCCGCGGCCCGCGACGCCAAGCCGAAGGUGAUGAGCCGCCCAGCCACCAAGUCCAGUCCCAGCAGCACUCCAGCCAAGAGCGCCAAGGAGGCUAACAAUCGCAAGGUGCUGGAGUCCAAGCAGCAGGCGGCUCGCGUUCAGGCCACCAGCACAGCCUCCUCCAGGCGGAUCACUAGCGCCACCAGCGAACGGCGAGUCCAACAGCAGGCGGAAACGAAAACGGCGGCGACUGGGGCCUCUCAGGCAGCCCAGAGGAAGCCGAUCUCGCGGAGACCUCGUGGCGUUUCGCCCUCGAAGCGAGCACCAGCACCUGGUAGCCCGGUGAAGCAGGCCAAGCCAAAGGCGGCGGACCUCAAGAAGGCGCGCCUGGACAAGGGCGGUACCACUGAUUCCAGCUUGGUGUCCACUCCCUCCGUCGAUGAGACCACGGCCGCGAAGAAACUCCAGGACCUUACCGCCUCUCAGGAACUCGAUGCGGAAAAGCAGCGCGAACUCGACGACCUGAAGGAAGAACAAGAGGUGGUGCGCGAGAUCGAGGCGGUGUUCAGCCGGGACGAAAUGAAGCGCCAUCAACAUCAACAGAUCAAGGCCGAGCUGCGCGAAAUGCCCGCCGAGGGAACCGGCGAUGGUGAGGAUGAACCCGAGGAGGAGGAGGAGUAUCUGAUCAUCGAAAAGGAGGAGGUGGAACAGUACACCGAAGAUUCGAUCGUUGAGCAGGAAAGCAGCAUGACCAAGGAGGAGGAGAUCCAGAAGCAUCAGCGCGAUUCGCAGGAGUCGGAAAAGAAGCGCAAAAAGAGUGCCGAGGAGGAAAUCGAGGCGGCCAUCGCCAAGGUGGAAGCCGCAGAGCGCAAGGCGCGGCUGGAGGGCGCCUCCGCAUCCGGACGACAGGAACCGGAAGUGUCGGAACAGGAAGAGGAUCUGGAGCAGCGCGAAAUCAAGGCCGAAGUGCAGGAUAUCAUUACCGCUGCCAAGGACAUUGUCAAGUCGCGCACCGAGGAGCAAUUGGCCAAGCCCGGCCAGGAGGAGGAGUUUUCCUCGCCAACACCGGAGGAGAAGCUGAGCAAGAAAACGUCGGAUACCAAGGACGACCCGGUCGGAGCUCCAGUCGACGUACUGCCCGUCAAUCUUCAGGAAAGCCUGCCCGAAGAGAAGUUCUCGGCCACCAUUGAGUCGGGGGCCACCACUGCGCCCACCCUUCCCGAGGACGAGCGCAUCCCGCUGGACCAGAUCAAGGAGGACCUGGUGAUCGAAGAGAAGUAUGUCAAGGAGGAAACCAAGGAAGUAGAGGCUAUUGUAGUGGCCACAGUUCAGGCUCUUCCCGAAGUGGCUCCAUCCGCAAUUGAGGCCGUGCUGGCCGCAACUACCAAGGAUAUCCCCAGGGAUGCCAAGAGGGAGAUUUUGGGCGAGCUACCCGACUCUGGGGAACGAGUGCUGCCCAUGAAGAUGACCUUCGAAGCGCAGCAGAACCUUUUGCGAGAUGUCAUCAAAACGCCCGACGAAGUGGCGGAUCUGCCUGUUCAUGAGGAAGCCGAUCUUGGGUUGUACGAAAAGGACAGCCAAGAUGCCGGCGCUAAGAGCAUUUCGCAUAAAGAGGAGUCCGCCAAGGAAGAAAAGGAAACCGACGACGAAAAAGAGACCAAGGAAGCAGAGCUCGAGCAGGAGCAGGCUGAGCCCAAAGCGGAGGAACCUAAAGUGGAAGUCAAGGAGGUGGUUGUGGAGAAGCUGGCAGCUGCAAUGGAAAAGAAGACAGAGAUGGUGGCUGUGACCCUGGAGACCGAACCGAUUGUGGAGGCAAUUGUGGCGACCGUCCAAGAAAGUCAAGAUCAUCCAAAGGAGCAAGAAAAGGACACAGAACCAAAGUCCGAGAAAAAGGAAGAGUCAGGAAUCAUAACCGAGAAGGAGGCCAAAAAGUCGGCCAGCACUCCCGAAGAGAAGGAAACCAGCGACAUUACCUCCGAGGAUGAGCUCCCGGCGCAGUUGGUGCAGUCGGCCACCGUGCCCCCGAAAGAGGCUAAGGAUCGCGAAGACACCGUCUCUAUGGAGAGUCCCGCCACCAUUGAGGAGGCCAUAGAGGUUGAGGUGCAGGCCAAACAGGAAGCCGAAAAACCAGAGCCAGUUCCGUCAGAAACUGCCAAAGCGGAGACCUCACCUGCUGCCUCAAAGGAGGCCUCCCGCCCCGAAUCGGCCGGAGAUGGUGCUAAAUCCGACGAGAAGUCUCCAUUUGCUUCCAAAGAAGUUUCGCGGCCGCAAUCCGUUGCGGAGAGCGCCAAAGAUGAGGCUGAGAAGCCGGAGAGCCGACGAGAAUCGGUGGCAGAGAGCGGAAAGCCAGAUAGCGCCAAGGACGAAAAAUCUGCUCCCGCCUCCCAAGAAGCUUCCCGACCAGUCUCAGUGACGGGAAGUAUUCACGCGGAAGUCGACAAGUCCAAGGAACCUUCCCGACGGGAAUCCGUAGCCGAGAGCCAUAAGGAUGAAAAGUCUGAACCGGCUUCCAAAGAUGCUUCGCGUCCCGAAUCCUCUCAAGAGCAUGUCCUAGAUGAAGCGGAGAAACCGGAAAGCCGCCGGGAAUCUAUUGCGGAGAGCAUUAAACCCGAAAGUGCAAAGGACGAAAAAUCUCCUCUGGCCUCGAAGGAAGCUUCCAGACCAGAAUCUGUGGCAGAGAGCACAAAAGACGAGGCAGACAAGUCCAAGGAGCCGUCCCGUCGGGAAUCCAUUGCAGAAAGCGUCAAGGCCGAGAGCACGAAAGAUGACAAGUUAUCACUGGCCUCCAAGGAAGGGUCCCGUCCAGAGUCAGUCGCUGAAAGCCUCAAGGAUCAAGCUGAAAAGGCGGAUAGCCGCAGGGAAUCUGUGGCCGAAAGCGUGAAGCCAGAGAGUGCAAAGGACGAAACGUCUGCUCUUCCUUCGAAGGAACCUUCUCGACCAGAGUCCGUUGUAGAAAGUGUCAAGGAUGAAGGCGACGAGACCGCAAGUCGCCGGGAGUCUGUGGCCGAAAGCAUCAAGCCGGAAAGUGAGAAGGACAAGAAGUCCCCACUGGCCUCUAAGGAAGCCUCUAGGCCGGAAUCCGUUGCAGAAAGCGUCAAGGAUGAGGCUGAAAAGUCUAUUGAACCAUCCCGACCAGAAUCUGUUGCAGAGAGCGUCAGCGAUGGGGCUGAAAAGUCUAAGGAACCAUCCCGAGCGGCAUCUGUGGCAGAAAGCGCGAAGGCAGAGAGCACGAAGGAUGAGAAGUCCGCCCAAGCCUCCAAGGAAGUUUCUCGACCAGGAUCAGUGACAGAAAGUGUUAAGGACGAGGCUGAAAAGUCUAAGGAACCAUCUCGACGUGAAUCCGUAGCUGAAAGUACCAAGGAGUCCAAGUCUCCGCUUGCUUCGAAGGAAGUCUCAAGACCCGGAUCGGUUGUCGAGAGUGUCAAGGACGAAGCUGAAAAGCCGGAAAGUCGCCGAGAGUCUGUGGUCGAGAGCAUCAAGGCCGAGAGUACAAAGGAUGAAAAGUCUCCACUCGCCUCGAAAGAAGUUUCCCGGCCAGAAUCGGUGGUGGAGAGCCUCAAGGAUGAGGCGGUCAAGUCUAAGGAGGAAUCUCGGCGUGAAUCCGUGGCUGAAAGCCUUAAGGCCGACAUUGCCAAGGACGAAAAGUCCCCUCUUUCCUCCAAGGAUGUUUCGCGACCAGAAUCGGUUGCCGAAAGUGUAAAGGACGAUGUCGCCAAGUCCGCAGAGCCAUCGCGACCAGGGUCCGCGGCGGAAAUAAUGAAGACGGAAGUCGGCAAGGUCGACCAGUCGCCCGUUGCCUCUAGGGAUGUGUCCAGACCAGAUUCAGUGGCGGAAAGCGACAAGGAUGAUACUGACAAGCCUGAAUCUGUGGUGGAAAGUGUCAAACCAGUUGCCGAUGACAAAACUCCUGCAGCAUCAAAAGAAGUUUCACGACCAGCGUCUGCUAUCGAGAGCGAGAAAGAUGCGGCUGAAAAGGAAAAAAGCCGGCGUGAAUCAGUUGAAAGUACAAAGCCAGAGAGCAUUACUGCCGGAAAAUCACCAGUUCCCUCAAAGGAGUUUUCUAGGCCGGAAUCUGUGGUGGAAAGCGUCAUAGAUGAAUCCGAAAAGCCUGAGAGCCGCCGCGAAUCAGUUGCUGAAUCAGUCAGCGUUAAGCCAGAUAGCUCCAAGGAACCAUCCCGACCAGAAUCGAAGGUGGAAAGCGUUAAAGACGAGUCUGACAAAUCGAAGAGUCCAUCCCGGCGAGAAUCUGUGGGAGAAAGUGUAAGGGCCGAGAGUGUAAAGGACGAUAAAUCUGCAUUGGCCUCAAAAGAAGUUUCUAGGCCCGAAUCCGUGGCGGAAGAUGUUAAAGACGACGUUGACAAGUCCAAGGAGCCAUCUCGACGACAGUCGGUGGCAGAAAGCAUGAAAGAUGACGCUGAACAGUCGAAGGAGACCUCUCGUCCCGAAAGCGCCAAGGGAGGAAUUGCCCUGGGCGAAAAGUCUCCAUUGGCAUCCCAGGAAGCCUCCAGACCAGUAUCCGUGGCAGAAAGUGUCAAGGAUGAGGCUGACAAGUCGAAGGAGCCAUCUAGGCCGGAGUCGGUCGCGCAAAGCAUUAAGGCGGAGAGUACUCAGGACGAGAAAUCGCCGCUGGCCUCCAAGGAAGCUUCUAGGCCGGAAUCAGUUACAGAAAGUGUAUUAGAUGAAGCUGAGAAAUCCAAGGAAGAAGAUCGGCGAGAGUCGGUGGCCGAAAGCGUUAAGGCGGAGAGCAGCAAGGAUGACAAAUCUAUUCCGGCCUCCAAGGAACCAUCUAGACCAGAGUCCGUUGUGGAAAGCGUAAAGGACGGAGCAGAAAGUCGUCGCGAAUCUGUGGCCGAUUCACUGGGAAAAGCCACGGACGAGAAGUCUGCGGCAGCUUCGAAGGAAGUUUCUCGGCCGGCGUCAGUGGCGGAGAGUGCUUGGGACGAGGCGGACAAGUCGAAGGAGCUAUCCCGUCGAGAAUCUGUAACCGAAAGCGUCAAAGCGGAGAGCAUUAAGGAUGACAAAUCCCCUCUGGCUUCCAAGGAAGCAUCUGAACCAGGAUCCAUGGUAAAAAGCGUUAAGGACGAAGCUGAAAAGCCAGAAAGUCGACGCGAAUCCGUGGCCAGGAGUGCCACACCGGAAAAAGCCCAAGACGAGAAGUCGGCAGCAGCUUCAAAGGAAGCUUCGCGGCCGGAAUCUGUGGCAGAGAGUGUGAAAGACGAGGCUGAUAAAUCCAAAGAGCCAUCCCGACGGGAGUCAGUCGCAGAAAGCGUUAAACCAGAUAGUUUAAAGGAUGAAAAGUCUCCACUGGCUUCUAAGGAAGCUUCCCGGCCAGAAUCUGUGGUAGGAAGUGUGAAAGAUGAGGCCGAAAAAUCAAAGGAGCCAUCUAGAAGGGAAUCCAUCACUGAGAGUCUCAAAGCGGAAAGUGUCCUGGACGAGAAAUCUCUUUCGGCCUCCGUUGUUGAAAGCGUAAAGGAUGAAGCCGAAAAACCAGAAACCCGCCGGGAAUCGGUCGCUGAAAUCAUCAAGGGCUCCAGUGCUAAAGACGAGAAGUCUCCUCUAGCUUCGAAGGAAGGGUCCAGGCCAGGUUCCGUGGCAGACAGUGUUAAGGAUGAGCUUGAAAAGCCCGAGAGCAGCAAGGAUGACAAGUCAAAGGAGCCCUCUCCCCGCGAAUCGCUGGUUGAACCGGCUGCUGUCAUUUCGAAGGAGUCUUCGCCCAGGCCAACAUCUGUGGCCAGUGACCAUGAAGCUGCCGUCGCUGCUGAGCUCGAGUCCAAGCUUUCCAUCUCCCCCAAAGACGCAUCGCGGCCAGAGUCCGUUGGCGAAACUGCUUCCUCGCCCAUCGAGGAAGCGGCCAUGGAGUUCUCGGAAAUUGAGGUCGUGAAGAGGGCUAGCCUUGCUCUUAAUCUGCAAGCGGGCUCUGGAGGAAAAAUGCCAACGGACUCGAGUCCCGUUGACGUGGCGGAGGGCGACUUUUCCCAUGUCGUCGCUUCUUCCUCUUCCGUCUCAGCCACACUUACCAAACCAGCAGAGCUCUCGCAGGUUGGUGCUGCUGUGACGGUCUCUUCUCCUGUGGACGAGGCUCCCAGAUCUCCCUCUGCUCCGGAGCAAGUAUCCCGACCAGAUUCUCCGGCCGAAUGUGCCAGUGCAGAGAGCGCCAAGGAUGACAAGUCGCCACUCGCUUCGAAGGAACCCUCGAGGGCCGCAUCAGUUGCAGAAAGUCACAAGGAUGAUGCUGAGGUUGAAAAACCAACAGAGGUGAAGGAUGUCAAAUCUCCAGUUGCCUCCAAGGAAACUUCUCGCCCGGCUUCAGCGGCAGAGACUGCAUCUUCGCCGAUAGAGGAAGCUCCCAAAGAGUUUGCCGAAUUUGUGCUGCCAUUAAGUAGUGACCUAAAGGGUGAUCUUCCGACUCUAUCGAGCCCUGUAGAUGUAGCCCAUGGUGACUUCCCCCAGACAGCAACACCCACAAGUUCUCCCAAUUUAGCCCAGCCAGCUGAACUCUCUAAAGUGGACAUUGAGAAGACAGCAUCAAGUCCGGUAGACGAGGCUCCCAAAUCCCUUAUUGGAUCUCCGGUAGAAGAGCGCCCUGAAUCUCCUGCUGAAAGUGCCAAUAAUGAAGUUGAGAAACCUGUUUCUUUAAUCGCCUCGAAAGAGGCGUCUCGUCGUGAAUCCAUCGCCGAAAGUACAAAGGCAGACAGUGUUCAGCAUGAGAAGUCCGCACCCGCUUCUCAGGAGGUCUCUAAAGAAGCGUCCCGACAAGGAUCGAUAGUGGAAGGCAUUAAAGAUGGGGACGAAAAAUCCACAGACAGGUCGCGUCCACCAUCUGUAGCUGAAAGCAUUAAGGCAGAGAGCACUAAGGACGAUAAGUCGCCUUUUGCAGCGAAGGACAUUUCCCGGCCUGGAUCGGUGGUAGAAAGUCUCAAGGACGAUGCUGAUAAAUCGAAGGAACCAUCGCGUCCACCAUCCGUUACAGAAAGCACUAAGGAGGCUGAAAGCCGUAGGGAAUCUGUUGCUAAGGCAGAUGACAAGCCAUCACUUGACUUAAAAUCAGAAGACAUUGUGGAAGCUGUGGCUGAUAAAUCCAAGGAGCCGUCUCGACGAGAGUCCUUAGCAGGAAGCGUCAAACCGGAAAGCCCUAAGGAGGAGAAAUCCCCGCUGGCAUCAAAGGAAGUCUCUCGACCUGGAUCCGUUGUGGAGAGCAUUAAAGAUGAUGCUGAGAAGCCUGCAAGCCGUCCAGAAUCGGUCGUCGACAGUACAAAGCCAGAAACCAAGGAUGACAAGUCCCCGACUCCGCCAGGCUCAAAGGAUGGGUCCCGUCCAGACUCGGUGGUGGAAAGCGUUGCAGCUGAAACUGAGAAGCCCAAGGAACCAUCACGGCGAGAGUCUAUAGUGGAAAGCGUCAAGGCAGAUAGCACCAAAGACGAAAAAUCUCCGGAGGCAUCAAAGGAUGCCUCCCGACCAGCAUCUGCCAUUGAAAGUCUCAAGGAUGAGGAUGAAAAACCGGAAAGCCGACGAGAAUCGAUCGCAGGCAGCCUUAAAGCAAGCAGUACCAAGGACGAUAAGUCCCCUUUGGCCUCCGAGGUAGCUUCAAGGCCGGAAUCAGUUGUGGAGAGCCUCAAGGAUGAAACUGAGAAAGCCGAAAGCCGUCGGGAAUCCGUUGCCGAAAGCAUUAAGCCAGAAAGCGCCAAGGACGAGAAAUCUCCUCUCGCCUCAAAAGAGGCCUCCCGCCCAGAAUCCGUAGUGGAAAGUGUCAAGGAUGAUGCAGAAAAAUCCAAGGAUCCUUCGCGACCCGAAUCCGAAGCGGAGAGCACUAAGCUUGAAAGUUCAAAGGACGAAAUGUCGCCACUGGCUUCCCGGCCAGAAUCGGUGGUGCAGAGCAUCAAGGACGAAACUGAGAAGCCUGAAAGCUGUCGGGACUCAGUUGCCGAGAGUGUUAGGCAAGAGAGUGCUUUGGACGACAAGUCGCCCCUGGCUUUGAAGGAGGCCUCACUCCCAGAAUCUGUUGUGGAUAGUGUAAAAGAUGACGCAGAGAAGUCCAAAGAAGCUUCACGACGAGAUUCCAUCGCAGAAAGCACGAAAGCGGAGAGCACAAAGGAUGAAAAGUCACCUCUUGCUUCGAAAGAAGUUUCACGACCUGGAUCCGUCGUAGAAAGCAUUAGGGACGAAGCCGAAAAAGCUGAAAGUCGUCGUGAAUCCGUCGCAGAAAGCGUGAAGCCAGAAAGUGCAAGGGGCGAAACGUCCACUCUUCCCUCGAAGGAACCUUCUCGACCAGAGUCCGUUGUGGAAAGCGUCAAGGAUGAAGGCGACAAGAUUGCAAGUCGCCGGGAGUCUGUAGCCGAAAGCAUCAAGCCGGAAAGUGAGAAAGACAAGAAGUCCCCACUGGCCUCUAAGGAAGCCUCUAGGCCGGAAUCCGUUGCAGAAAGCGUCAAGGAUGAGGCUGAAAAGUCUAUUGAACCAUCCCGACCAGAAUCUGUUGCAGAGAGCGUCAGCGAUGGGGCUGAAAAGUCUAAGGAGCCAUCCCGAGCGGCAUCUGUGGCAGAAAGCGCGAAGGCAGAGAGCACGAAGGAUGAGAAGUCCGCCCAAGCCUCCAAGGAAGUUUCUCGACCAGGAUCAGUGAUAGAAAGUGUUAAGGACGAGGCUGAAAAGUCUAAGGAACCAUCUCGACGUGAAUCCGUAGCUGAAAGUACCAAGGAGUCCAAGUCUCCGCUUGCUUCGAAGGAAGUCUCAAGACCCGGAUCGGUUGUCGAGAGUGUCAAGGACGAAGCUGAAAAGCCGGAAAGUCGUCGGGAGUCGGUGGUCGAGAGCAUCAAGGCCGAGAGUGCCAAGGAUGAAAAGUCUCCUCUCGCUUCGAAUGAGGCUUCCCGGCCAGAAUCAGUGACAGGAAGUGUGAAAGAUGAGGCUGCCAAGUCGAAGGAAGUCUCUCGUCCCGAAUCCGUUGCAGAAAGCGCCAAGGGAGAAAUUGCCCUGGGUGAAAAGUCUCCAUUAGCAUCCCAGGAAGUCUCCAGACCAGUAUCCGUGGCAGAGAGUGUCAAGGAUGAGGCUGACAAGUCGAUGGAGCCAUCUAGGCCAGAGUCGGUGGCGCAAAGUAUUAAGGCGGAGAGUACUAAGGACGAGAAAUCGCCGCUGGCCUCCAAGGAAGCUUCUAGGCCGGAAUCAGUUACAGAAAGUGUAUUAGAUGAAGCUGAGAAAUCCAAGGAAGAAGAUCGGCGAGAGUCGGUGGCCGAAAGCGUUAAGGCGGAGAGCAGCAAGGAUGACAAAUCUAUUCCGGCCUCCAAGGAACCAUCUAGACCGGAAUCCGUGGUAGAAAGCGUUAAGGACGAAGCGGAGAAGUCGGAAAGCCGACGUGAGUCAAUUGCAGAAAGUGUGAAACCAGACGCCUCCCGACCAGCUUCGGUGGUGGAGGACGUGACCAAGACCGACAGCUUACCUGAUGAUAAAUCAAAGGAAGCAUCGCGUCCCGAGUCCGUGGCUGAGAGUAUUCAGGCACCGAGUAAAACGUGUGAUUCGCCACCGGCCUCAUCCAAGGACCCAUCUCGUCCAGUAUCAGUCGCAGACAGCGUCGCCAUCGACAAAACGCAGGAAGCAUCCCGACGCGACUCAGUGGCCGAGAGCGUGGCGGCAGUGAGCGUCAAGGACGAGAAGUCAUCGAUUCCAUCGCGGCCAGAGUCGGUGGCCGACAAUUCCCCAGCUGCUUCUAAGGAAGCCUCUCGCCCUGCGUCGGUGGCGGAGACCGCUUCCUCUCCCAUUGAAGAAGGUCCACGAUCCAUCGCUGACCUUAGUCUGCCCCUGAUCCAGACGACAUCCGUGGCCAAGGGCAAGCUACCAACUCUCUCGAGUCCCGUCGAUGUGGCUGAAGGAGACUUUUCGAAGGUAGAAGGUGGGCCAUCCUCAGCUCUUCCAGCUGCACUUACCAAGCCAGCGGAGCUCUCCCAGUCAGAUACGGCGCACACAGCCUCCAGUCCCGUGGACGAGGCCUCUUCAGUCCUAGAGGCCAUCCAGCUAGCUGAAGACCAUAAAACUCUUGGCGCAGGAGUCUCUAAGGAGACACCUGAGGCAGACCUACUGGGUCUGAAGGAAACCGCAUCAGAGACAGUGACAGAGACCGUAACCAAGCAGUCGGAAGCAUCGUUGUUCGAAACUAUUUCCUCCAAAGUAGAGGAGAAGGUGGAGACCUCGGUGAAGCAGGUUGGGGAGAAGGUCGAGAGUUCAGUGAAGCAGGUGGAAGAGAAGGUCGAGAGCUCAGUAAGGCAGGUGGAGGAGAAGGUCGAGAGUUCCGUAAAGCAGGUGGAGACCACUGUGGCCGAGACUCUGGAGCAGGUGAGCAAGGAGAGCACCGAGCAACUGACCCAGAUAAAAUCUGUGUUGGACACCAAGAUUAGCAGCGUCACCAGCCUACUGAGCUCGGCAGUGGAGACCGUUGAGAAGAAAGUGCAGGAGGUCACCGAGAAAGUUAGCGAGAAGGCAACUGAAGAGGUUUCCGAGCAAGUCACCAAAGUAACUGAAAUCUCCACGGAGAGUGUUCAGGAUAAGACAGGCCUGGACCUGGGCACGUUCUCGGAGCUGCGGGAAACGCACAUCACCACCGUAGGCUCGCCCGAGUUCACGGUUACGAUUUGCGAGCGGGAGGAGCCCGUGCUGCACGACAUCAAGGAGGAGGACGAGGAGCAUCGGUUCUCUCCCCCCAGCGAUGGCGACAAGCCAGGAAUCCUGCCGCCCCAGCCGAUACGACCACUGUCGCCGCGCGAGGAGGAAGUGGCCAAAAUCGUUGCCGACGUGGCCAAGGUACUCAAAUCCGACAAGGACAUCACCGACAUCAUCCCCGACUUUGACGAACGCCAGCUGGAGGAGAAGCUGAAGUCUACCACAGACACCGAGGAGGAGUCCGACAAAAGUGCCAGGGACGAGAAGUCGCUGGAAAUAAGCGUCAAAGUCGAUAUCGAGUCCGAGAAGUCAUCGCCAGACCAGAAGUCCGGCCCAAUCUCCAUCGAGGAGAAAGAUAAAAUUGAGCAGUCCGAGAAGGCUCAACUGCGCCAGGGAGCAGCGGCUGUCAGUCGCCCGGAGUCGGUUGCCAGCCAGGUGGAGUCGGUGCCCUCCCGUCCGGAGUCAGCGGCCAGCCAUGAGCCGAAGCAGUCAGACAUCCUGGCCAAGGAACCCUCAUCCCCCGCUCCCAGCAAGGGGGAGUCCAGACGAGAGUCAGUGCUCUCUGAGAGCCUCCAGGGUGAAAAGGCCUCACGCCCCGAGUCCGUUGCCAGCCAGGUAAGCGACAAGGACGUGAAGAUCUCACGACCAGCAUCCAGCACCAGCCAGUUUAGUACCAAAGAUGGCGACGAGGAGACGACGGAGUCACUGCUCCACUCCCUAACCACCACUGAGACCGUCGAGAGCAAGCAGGUGGAGGAGAAGUCAAGUGUGGAGGUUGUGUCCACUUCCGUCAGCAAGUCUACAGUCCUCUCCAGUCAGUCGGUCCAGCUGCGAGAAGAGUCCACCAGCGACUCGCUGAGCAGCAGCCUCAAGGUGGAGGACAGCUCCCGCCGCGAGUCGCUCUCCAGUCUGCUGGCGGAGAAGGGAAGCACCACAACCGGCCCCAGUCUAAAGGAGGACACCAGCACCUCCGCCUCGCAGCUGGAGGAGCUGCUGGUGCAGUCGGAGGAAUGCUCGUCGGAGUCAAUUGUCAGUGAGAUCCAGACCAGCACCACACUGAAGUCGGUCAAGGAAACCAAGGAUACUAAGGAAACCAAGGAGACCAAGGAGACCAGCAGCACCAGCACCAGCAGUGCCACGAAAGAUGACAGCCUCAAGGAGACCGUGGCCGAGUUCCUGGCCACCGAGAAGAUCGUCUCCGCAAAGGAGUCAUUUAGCACUGAGGCCGCCAAGUCGGCCGAAGAGAGCCUGAAGAAGGCAACCGCCAGCAGCGUCUCCAGCUCCAGCACCACCGCCUCCCAGCGGGCGCUCUUCGUGGGCACGGACGAAUCCCGACGUGAGUCCCUGCUGAGCCAGGCCAGCGAGGGCCGCCUGACCCACAGUGAUCCCGAAGAUGAGGAGCCCGAUGACGAUGAGGACGAGCGCGCCAGUGUGAAGGAGAGCCGCUCCAAGUCCAUUGCCACCAUCAUGAUGACUAGCAUCUACAAGCCUUCCGAGGAUAUUGAGUCAAUUGACACGCUCGCCGAGGAGGAGCACGAGCACGUGGAGCAGCUGGAGCACGAGACCACCUCCGCUUUGACCUCCACUUCGACCACCACCACCAGCAAGACCACAACUCUACUGCAAUCCAGCGAACAAAGCAGCAGCACAACCACCAGCUCCAAGACCUCUGCUUCUAAGGUGGAGUCCAUCACGCUCACCCAGAUAGACCAGCAGUCUGGCCAGGAUCAGGCGCAAUUCCAGGCUGACCGCAAGACUCCACCAACGGCGCCCGUCAGUCCCAGCGUCAAGCCGUUCAGCUCGACCGGAUCUGCUGGCUCUGGAGCCGCUGCUGGACCCGGAGCUGCUGGCGGAAAAAGCGAGUCCAGUGCCGCCAGCGUUGUCUCCUCUUCGGGACCGCUAUCGCCCAAGGACAUCAGCGGCAAGUCCAGUCCCGGGGCCCUCACCUCCGAGAGCCAGUCUAUUCCCACUCCGCUGGGCCGGGAGUCGCACACGGAGACCCCGGAGUCCUCGCCCAAGCCCACGUCGCCUUUCCCACGCGUCACCAAGGACGAGCUCAAGUCUUUGGAAAUGCAGCAGCACGAACAGGAGCAGAUGCUGGCAGGAGCAGCUGCUGCCGCCCGCGCUGAGUGUGAGCCGGAUCUUCCCGAACUCCACGAGCUGCGUGGACUCGAGUGCACCACUGCCCUUAGCGGCAGCACAGACAAGAUAAUCACCACCACCAUCACCACGGUCACCAAAGUGAUCUCGGCGGACGGCAAGGAAAUCGUGACCGAGCAGAAGACGGUGACCACCACGGACAGCUCGGAGCCAGAUAGCGAAAAAGUGGUGGUGACCACCACGCGCACCACCAGCGAAAGCGAACGCGAUCAGCUGCUACCCAAGGAAGUGUCACUGCUGCGUGACGACGACGAGGACCUGCUGCUCGGAUCCCCGCGCAGCACCGCCAGCUACGAACUGCAGCACUCCAGCUCCGGCGUGAGCAAGCGCUCCGACCUGGACGCCGACGGCGACGAGAGCCAGGACGACAUUCCUCCGCAGUAUGGCAGCGAGGAGCACUCGUCGGCGCUCCCGAUCUUGCUGCCCCGCACGGCCGACCCCAUGGCCACCUCCUUCUACGGUGCCCUGCCCGAUAGCUUUGGCGCCGACGUUUCGAUAAAGCCCAGCACCGAGCCAAUCCCGAUCCAGGGCGUCCCGUCCGGCGACAGCCAGGCGUCGGAGAGCGUGGAGAGCAGCAGCCAGACCUGGGCGGGACACAAGUUCCUUGACCAGGCGGACAAGGACUUCCAGCGCGCGCUCGAAGAGCACGUGCAGGCGCGCGGCGCCGAGGUUAUGUCUUCCGUCACCGCCAAGUACUCGUACUCGCCCUCCAGGGCCGAGGAGAUGGAGCAGAUCGUUACCAGCACUGCAGAACGGCAGCGCUUCCCGCUGAGCGAUGUACAGCGCUCCCGCGUGGCGGAUAGCGGUUUCGCCACCGUGGGCAGUGUGUCCUUCCAGCCGCAGCAGGAGGAGGCCGUCACCACCACCACCCCUACCACAGCAUCAGCAAGCGUCACAACCACAACGAGUUCCACUGGAGCCCUGCCCAAGGACCGUCUAGAGGAGUGGGGCAAGCCCCUGGGCCUGCCGUCGCCAGCACCGCUGCCCGUGGAGGGUGGGGCUGAUAUUCGCACCACGCCCAAGAAGGAGCGCCGCCUGGUAGCCACCAAGACGCGACUGAACAACGAGAAGAACCUGCGCAAGCGCAGCGAAUCGCCCAACAAGGCGGGCAAGAAGCCGGCACCCGUCUACGUGGACCUCACAUAUGUGCCGCACAACGGCAACUCCUACUACGCCCAUGUGGACUUCUUCAAGCGGGUGCGAGCCCGCUACUACGUCUUCUCCGGCACGGAGCCCAGUCGCCAGGUGUACGAUGCGCUGCUAGAGGCCAAACAGACAUGGGAGGACAAGGAGUUGGAGGUCACCAUCAUACCCACGUACGACACCGACGUGCUGGGCUACUGGGUGGCCGAAAACGAGGAGCUGCUAGCCAAGCACCGCAUCGACCUCUCGCCCUCCGCCUCUCGCUGCACCAUCAACCUGCAGGACCACGAGACCUCGUGCUCCGCCUACCGUCUGGAAUUCUAGGCCACGGGCUUAUUUAUUGCAUUCGACGAUGACUAGGCCAACCCACAACGCACCCAACCAGCGAAGCAGACAAUGACGACGACGGAGAUGGAGAUGAGGAUGAGGACGAGGACGAGGAGAGCACUGCCAGGGGAUCGAGUCCAUGUAUGGCUUGCAAAGUGCUUGGACUCGAGCUCUGGCAAUCAGGACUGGGACUAGGACAAGCACCACGACGACGACGACGAUCACAGCAACAGGACGAGGAGGAGGAUCAGGCAGACGAUACAGAUGAUGAAAAGGACAAUGCAAUAUGGCAAGUUUCGUGCGCAAGCAGCCGCAGGAAACGGAAAUGAGGCGGACGCAGGCUGAUAUGGCGGAGUACGGGUCACGCGAAUGACGCCAUUUUGUUCAGCAAUGCCGUCUAUUGAGCUUUCGCCGACUUAUUUCUGCCAAACAAAGCUACGUAAUUAAUUGAUAUUUAGUUUAAAGAGAUUAAUUACCAAACGAUGCAACGCAAUGCAGAUCCUCAGUGGAUAGACGAGUCGAGAGGCAGACACUUAUUUGUUGCUUUCCUUGAAUAACGUCAAGCUACCUUGCCUAGUAAUCCAAAGAUCAAAAUAGUUUUCAAAACCGCAUAGCUAAAAUAUACAAAGGACGAAGAAACAAAAACCAAAAAACCUAAAAACUAAAAACUAAAAAACCAAAAAACCGAAAACUUUAAAACCAAAAACUAACAAACUAAAAGCUAAAAAACGAAAAAGACGAAGAAGAGGUGAGGAAAAAACAAAGAUGAAGUAAGAAAGACACACACUCUAUAUAUAAAGAAAUUAGUAUUCAUGUUUAAAAUGUAUUAGUCGAAACUUUUGCGAACCAGUCCUAUGGUAUUCGAGUUUUAAAGCGAGCAUUAGCUGCAAGUGUAUAACCCGCAAAGUCAGAGCGCUAUGUAGCCGUAGGAUAAUAAGCGAUCAUAACACAGAACGAGGAGCAGAGAUCGGGGAUCUGAACUUAAUCAAACGUUGAGGGCUAGCAAGCGAUUACAAUUACGAUUUACGAUUUACCAUACCCAAUUGAUUGUACAACUCAAGCCCCGAGGCGUUUCCGUAGUCCAUUUCCACCGCUUUGUUUCGUUCCUUUUUGUUAUUUUGCGUUUGGUUUCGUUGUUCCAGCAGGCAGCCGCAGAAAGACUUAAACCCAAGAAGCUAUAGCAACCGAUAUACGUACACUUCCACUUCCACAAAGGGGGCUAAUGGAGGAGCAGAGUGGGGCACUGAGAACCGGGAUGGUGAGGCGAUGUAGCUAGGAACUGAGAUUACCGAGUAACGACUCGACGCUGUUGCUGAAGGAUCGAAGAGGGAGGCAAGAUGAGGCACGUCUAGAGAACGGACGGCAAGACGACGAACGCAGGACGAAGACGACGAUGACGACAAAGUCAAUGCUGAUGUUACUAUAUAAGGAUUACAAGGGUCUGAGUGGGCUAAGCUGGCAGGGGUUGGGGAUACUGACGGGAGGAGGCCUAGGUUGGGUGGGUUGGGGUUGGUUUAGGUGGGGGUCAGGGUGGAGUGAGGAGUGAGAAGUGAAACAGCUAUUGUGAGACACAAACGAUAACGAGCAGGAGGUCGAUAACUAAAUACGAUAAAUAUGGAGUACACAAAGUGAAUGAAGGUUAUUUUUCUAUAUUUUUUUUACUUUUUCAUAGUCAUAGAAUAACAAAUUUGCAAACAAACGAGCAGGACAAAAUGCAGCAGGAGCAGCGGCAAGACGAGAGCGAAAGCGAGACGUGAACCAGGCACACAGGCAAUUUUAACCAAAUCAACGUAACCAGUAACCAGUAACCAGUUACAAGUUAGCAGUAACCGCAGAGGCGGAUCAAGCAGGAAUCAAUUCGAGGCCACAGCAAAAACAGUCCAAAAGAGCCAGUUAUACUUAAAAAUUAAAGGCUCGGGCGGUGCGAUGCGCUGCCCGAGACAGACUUUUUAGGCUACGCGUAUAUUUUUGAGUUGCUUUUUAUAUACAACAGCAACAGGUCUGCGGCGUGCAACAUGCAACGUGCAACGUGCACCGUGCCACAGGCAGGCAGCAACAGAACAGACAGCAGUCACUGGCAACCGUCCAGUCUACAACCGUUUGAUAAGCAACCAGCGAAAUUUAAGCAAAAUUAUACACACGUAGGGCUAAGAGGGGCGGGGAUACGACACUCGGGGAUGCGGCGGUCCAGGGGCUCCAAGGUCCAGGUGCCGAUCCAAGUCCCCUUUCGCUUCCGAUCCCGAUCCCGAUCCCGAUCUGCGUUCCCCGUCCGACCAGCACAGGCGAUUGGGACACUGAAUACCGAUCGCUACCGAGCGUCUUUCGAUUAUUGAGUAGCACUGCAGUCUCCGCUUCGAGGAUUUUAAAUUUAUAACCGAAAACAAAAAGCAAAGAUCAAGUUUAUUACAAAUAUUAAUUAUUUUCCAAAUUCGUGCGCUAAGCGAAACAAAACAUAAACGAAAACUAAAACUAAAACCUAAACCAAAACCGAGAAGGUAAAGAUAAAGAAUACUCACACAUGAACUAUAUACACUAUAUAUAUAUAUGUACUUGAGUGUAUUGAUGUUGCUUAAAACGAAAAACCCAAAGAAGAACUCUUCUCCCAGUCAGAAGACAUUUUUGCCUUUCACGAAACGAAUUUCCCCUAAGAUAUGAAGUUAUGAGAACUUGUUAACUUUGCCCCAGUUUGUUUGCCACCUGAGUUUCGUUGAGACCAGAUCGAUCAGAUCGGACUACACACACGACACACUGCACACUACACAGGACACACUACACACUAUACAACACACCACUAACCACACCACACCACACCACACCACACCACACCACACCACACCACACCACACCACACGCACAUGUAUCCAUUGCCUUAUAUCCAGAGAACAAACAGAUAUCUGCAUCAUACCUUAAACUAGUCUAAGAAUCAAAUACGAUACGUACGACCUAUGAGCGUUUGUUGAAUUUGCUUUUACUUUUUAGCAGCUUCGAUUUAAAUCAAAUAUACAUACUAACCGCACACACCCCCGCACACACGCCCUGCCCCACCCGAGUGGCGUGCGCUGUGUGUGGGGUCGGUGUGUGCUCUAUAUAAUCAUUAGUGAGCAGUGCAUGCAGCAGGCAAAGUUGUUACAAACAAGAGCCGGGCGAGCGGAGUCGCUGACUGGCGACGGAGAUGGGAUGACCGCCAGACUAGCCAUGGCUAGGCGGGGGCAGGGAGAGAGCGAGCCAGCACAAAGAUCCGAUAGAGGGCAGAGGUUACCGCGAAGAAUAUAUAUGUAUUACAUUUUACGAAACGUCAAGCUUAUCUCAAGAACUAUUUCCAAAACAAAAUCUGAAAUUAUAAUAAACGUAUUUAUGUGAA